AUGAGAGCGGUUGCCGUCCUCUCGCUGGCCGUAGUCGCCUCCGCCUUUGUCAUCCCAGAUCAACAAACCCUCGAGUCUCUAGCCAUCCAGGAUCAGGUAGCUGAUGAUUCCGCCACCCAUCCAUUUUGGGAUAGAGUUCAUGAAGCAGAGACCUUUUGGGAAGAUCUCGAGGAAGAGUUCACAAAAACCGUUCAUUGUGCAAAACACAAGUUUGCGGAUGCGGUUGACACCGUGCAAGAUACCGCUGUCAAGUACAGCGAGGAUUUUCAGAGCGCCUUUGCUGGUGAUGCAUGGCUAGAAGCUGCGGAAUAUGACGACGACUUGACCGAGUCUGAUCCUCCUCAUCAUGGUCCCCCUCACCACGGCCCACCUGGCCAUGGCCCUCCAGGCCACGGUCCUCCUGGCAAAGGCAGAAAGCCUCACCAUCCUCCACAUCAUGGUCCUCCCAACCAGACCAUUUACGAACUCGUGUCCAAGAGCAAAUACACCACCAAGCUAGCCGCCGCCAUCGAUGAAUUUCCUGACCUGGUCAAGCUUCUCAAUGGCACCAAAGCGAAUUACACUCUAUUUGCCCCCACCGAUCGGGCCUUUGAAAAGAUCCCCAAGCACGCUCCCAAGCCACCUAAAGAAUUCUUGGAGAAGCUGCUCACCUACCACGUCUCUCCAGAAUUCUACCCAGCCGGCCGAAUCCUGGUGUCGCGUACUCUCCCAACGGCACUUGAAGCUGAAGCCAUUGGUAAAGUGCCGCAGCGUAUCUCGACCCAGGUCGGCUUGAGAGGUUUGAGUUUGAACUUUUACUCCCGAGUGGUUGCCAUCAAUAUCUUUGGAACAAACGGAGUCAUCCAUGGUCUUGACAGCAUCUUACUGCCUCCCCCAAAGGCCGUGGAUAUUCUUUCUGCCCUACCUGGUGAAUUCAGCACUCUGGACUUGGCACUUCAAAAGACCGGUCUAUUUCCAUCAUUCAAUGACACCUCAAGCCAUCAUGGUGGUACUCUGUUUGCCCCCUCAAACUGGGCAUUCCAGCGCCUAGGCCCCAAGAUCAAUGCCUUCCUUUUCAGCAGAUUUGGAUUGAAGUAUCUGAAAGCACUCGUCCUAUACCACGUUGCCGACGACAUCACCCUCUACUCUGACGCUAUCUAUAAGGAGGACUCGUCAGAAGCUCCCCCUCACCAUAAAAUCCCAAAGAGCGUGAUCCAUGUCGAUCUUCCCACGGGGCUUGAAGGUAAGAAGCUAAGCGUCGAUAUCGCUCGCUUCGGCAGGCUCGUCACCAUCAAGAUCAACGGCUUCACGAGAGUCAGCGUCACAGAUGGAAUUGCCAAAGACGGUGUCAUUCAUGUGCUCUCCAAUGUACUGAUUCCGCCAAAGACUCCGGGUGUUUUCAGUGUUGCGGAUCAAAGCAUGACUCUAGAAGAGUUCAAGAACAGACUUGCCCCGUUUGUGGAAGACCCGGUCGACUCACUUGAUGAUGAAGAAUUUAAUCCUGAGUUAUAA